CAACACCAUUAUUUUUCUUUGCUCGUAGAAACGUGUGUUUUGGAUCUGCAACCUAAGUUGGAAACCAAAGUAAGGUCUAGCACCAUGGUGAAGGAUAUCCCCGAUCGAUUAGCAGCCGGGCCGAAGGAGGGAAUCGUUUAUCCACUGACCGUUGUAUGCUGUGGCAACUGCUCCAUGCCACUCGAGUACUGCGAAUACUAUCCGGACUAUGAAAAGUGCAAGAAGUGGCUCGAAAAGAAUCUGCCGGCCGAGUUCGAACAGCUGAAAGUUGACACCACAGCUGCCGGUACUAGCGAUGGAAGCAGCGGCGGUGUGGCAAAAUCCGGCACAUCCGGCGAACCGUCGGCCGGGGACAACGAAGACAAAAAGAAAACGGGACAGAAACGUGGCGGUAAAGGUAUGAUGAAAACAAAAAAGCCCAAGUCCGAAGGACCUCGAACCAUUGCCCUGUCGCGAUCGGCUCGUGGCAAGAAAAAAUCGGUCACGGUGGUCGUGGGUUUGGCGACUUUCGAUAUCGAUCUAAAGCUGGCGGCCAAAUUUUUUGGAACAAAGUUUGCCUGC